UGUGAAAUGUAAGUCAACAAUAGAUUUUCUGUCUAGUCAUAUGGCAAAUCUAGAGAGACGUUUGUUUGUUUGUAAUGACUAUUUCGCAUUGCUAUUGAUUAUAAUCUGAUAUUUCUUUUUAACUCAGAAGUGGUAGUUGUGACCGGUAAGGCAAAAUGGCAGAAGCUGGUUUUCCUAGUAAGCCAAGGAUGGAAAGUAUGCACCUGUGUCGUAGGUCAUACUUUCAAUUCUGAUAAGGACUUGGUAAGACAACUCACUGGCCGAGGAGACUGUACUGAAGUGUCACUAGCGGAGAGUGAUGUCAUCAUAAUGAUCUGUCCUGUGGUCAGUGACUUUGGAACUCUGGACCUUGAUAUACAACUGGAGGUGGUCUCAGACUACCUAGCUGGUAGACCUGUUGUUCUGGUGGUGCUGCACCAUGACACUUUCGACCCAGACUCCACUAUACCUGACAGCAGCAGACUAGUGACCAGGGGUGAGGUAAUACUCACAGUGGACUGUGUAUUUAAUCACAGAGGACUGCUGGACUGUCGUCGCAAUAAAGAAGCAGUCGAUAUGAUUCUGAAGAGGCUAAACGUACAACCAAAGGUAUAGUUACAACUUAUAGCCCACUUUAAGUUAUUUAGCACAGCACUUGCCCCUCGCCACUUCAGAAUAUGCAGAAAUGAAUGAUAAUUCCCUUUUAGUGUAAGAGCUGUUUGAAAAGACCACCUGAAAUGUCAGCCUGUUUUGGUGGGAUGACGUUUUGGUUUGGCAGGUGACAUCACCAGGUGGUAACAUAGUUAAUCGAUCAAUCAGAAUGAGAGUACCAAACCUCUCUGCCUAUAACAGGUAGUUUUCAGUUUUCCCCUCCCCACUCAGACCACUCCCAGUCAGUUCUAGCAAAAUUCUUGCUUGAGAAAUUGCUCUUCGCUAAGAAGCUAUUUUUGUUUCUGUUUGACCAUUUGAAUUGAAAACAAUCACAGUAAGGUACUUCAUUGUUACCCAGAAAUGAUUUGAUAUUGAGAUUUUUCUUUUAACUGCUGCAUUGGACCUUUUAAUUGACUUGCCUAGUUAAAUAUCAGUUUACACAUCUAUGUUCAGCACAAUGUAGAAUUGAAUACUAUACUAAUGAUUCAUGUCUUAACUUCUCUCUGUUGUAGCAGGAACUCACAGAAGGUAAACACUGCUCUAAAUAAAAUGUAUAUUAUGAAUUGCACAAUAACAAAGGUUUCAUUUUUAACAAAACUGAGGUAUCCUCUUGCAGGUAAGCCAAGGAUGGGAAAGUAUGCACCUGUGUCGUAGGUCAUACUUUCAAUUCUGAUAAGGACUUGGUAAGACAACUCACUGGCCGAGGAGACUGUACUGAAGUGUCACUAGCGGAGAGUGAUGUCAUCAUAAUGAUCUGUCCUAUGGUCAGUGACUUUGGAACUCUGGACCUUGAUAUACAACUGGAGGUGGUCUCAGACUACCUAGCUGGUAGACCUGUUGUUCUGGUGGUGCUGCACCAUGACACUUUCGACCCAGACUCCACUAUACCUGACAGCAGCAGACUAGUGACCAGGGGUGAGGUAAUACUCACAGUGGACUGUGUAUUUAAUCACAGAGGACUGCUGGACUGUCGUCGCAAUAAAGAAGCAGUCGAUAUGAUUCUGAAGAGGCUAAACGUACAACCAAAGCAGGAACUCACAGAAGGUAAGCCAAGGAUGGGAAAAGUAUGCACCUGUGUCGUAGGUCAUACUUUCAAUUCUGAUAAGGACUUGGUAAGACAACUCACUGGCCGAGGAGACUGUACUGAAGUGUCACUAGCGGAGAGUGAUGUCAUCAUAAUGAUCUGUCCUAUGGUCAGUGACUUUGGAACUCUGGACCUUGAUAUACAACUGGAGGUGGUCUCAGACUACCUAGCUGGUAGACCUGUUGUUCUGGUGGUGCUGCACCAUGACACUUUCGACCCAGACUCCACUAUACCUGACAGCAGCAGACUAGUGACCAGGGGUGAGGUAAUACUCACAGUGGACUGUGUAUUUAAUCACAGAGGACUGCUGGACUGUCGUCGCAAUAAAGAAGCAGUCGAUAUGAUUCUGAAGAGGCUAAACGUACAACCAAAGAUAUAGUUACAACUUAUAGCCCACUUUAAGUUAUUUAGCACAGCACUUGCACACCGCACACCGCUUGCUUGGGUGGGUUGAGUUUUGGCCAGCCUGGCGACAUAAAUGAGUUAAAAGACAAUUAAGAAAGGGAAUUCCAAACUUCUCUGACAAUAACAGCUAGUUUUCAGUUUUCCCCUCCCCACUCAGACCACUCCCAGACAGUCCUAGGAAAAUUAUGUUCAGCUUGAUUGAAAUGUAUAAGCACUUCUUUCAAUCAACUUAUGGAAACCACCAAAAUGACUAUUGGAGGGAUGCAAUGAAUUGUAUAUUGAUGUUGAAUUGAGUUUUCAACUGACACGAGUUGAAUAUAUUGUACAUUAAACAACAACUAAAAACAAUUGUAAAAGUAAUUAAACAGUUUCCCCUAUUGAAUGUGCAUUGAUUGAAACCUGAAGUCAUCUGAAAUAAAAUCUUCAAAUGCUGAUGACGCCUUGCAAAUGCAAUAAAAACAAACA